AUGGGGACGCAGCAUUGUCCAGAAGCAGUGCUGAUGAGCUUGGAGGUUCGAGUGGAGAAACUCGAUCAUGGAUCCACUACAGCCAUCCUCCGUGGGCUUAACCGGUAUGUCACGGCCAGCGACCUCCUGCGUCUGCUGGACUACUUUCCGCCGCAUAUGGAACGGCGUGUGUACGACUUUGUGUAUGUGCCAUGGGCAACGGGCGGCACGGCCAACAUAGGCCUAGCGUUUGUAAACUUCGAAGAACACUGGCAAUGUCGCCAAUUUCUUCAGUGUCUUCGAUCGGCGCCAAAUCAAAGGCGUUUGUUGCAGUGGGGUGUGCGCUCAGUCGGUCAGUCCAUGAUCCAGGGGCGCGGUGGCAACUUAGAGGCUAUUUGCCAGAAGAGGGGGCUCGCCGGAAUGACGGACGAGGACGCCCCUCUCUGUCUUCACCAAGGCAAGGCCGUUUCUGCAACUUGGGUGUUGCAGCAGCAUCGUCUCGAAGGCAGAAGCUGGAGAACCCCACAAGAAGGAGGAAGAAGCCUCCCAUCGAGGAUGCAUCUCGGUACGGAUCAUGACAAGUUCGAGCCUGGAGUUUUCGAUUCGUCGGUGCAGAACGUCAGCCCAGGACGGCGAAGAGCCUGCAUCGGAUUUUGGAUGAUGGUGUUUGGGACAUACUUCUGCUUCAGCCGAGCGUCCAUUGGGAUUCGGAAUAAAAACCCUCAUGCUGCAAUGGCCGCAAAAAAAACGUUAAGUCGUUUACAAGACUCUGGCUUGGAGGUUGCGCAGUUUCUUAAUAUAUAG